ACUAAAGGUGUUUUUCACGUGUGAUUCUGCAGCAUUAAAAGCAGAUAGAAACGAGCAGAAACCAGCUGCUAUCUACCAUAUUUGUGAAGGACUUAAGACAGCGAAGGACUUUUUCUUGAGGGAUUGUGCACCAUUUCAAGCCGUUUGCAAACUGGAAAAUGGAUGAUUUCCAUAUGAACACCACCUUAAGAGACAAAAGCUACAACUACAGCAACGUCAGUCUCAACAACAGUAGCAUCAAAUCCACCAUCGAACAGAUACUAAAUGUGGUGGACUGGAUCGUCAUCUGUUCUGGACUUCCUUUGACUCUAGUGGCCAUCGCUGCAGUUUAUUCUCUGGUACAAAAAGACCACGUUGCUCCAGUUUACAUCAUCAACCUUCUGGUUUCUGAUCUCGUUCAGCUCUGCUGUCUGACUGCAUUGAAGGCUGGAGAGGAUGAUUUCUUCAUUUUCUGCUCCUACGUUGUUGGUAUGUUGGCCAGUGUUGGAUUCAUGGUGUGCAUCUCUCUGGAAAGGUAUUUGAUGAUCACUCAGCCGCUGUGGUACAGAUUCAGACAAAACAUCAAGACCUCUGUGGCUGUUUGUGUCGUGGUCUGGAUCCUUCCUGUCAUUAUUUUCUUCCCUUUCUAUUUCAAUUUUCUUUUUCGCAUAACAGAAACCAUAUAUGCAGUCUACGUCCUCCUCCCCUUCCCCCUGUUCAUCUUCUGCCUGGUUGGGACCAUUAAAGCCCUGUCUGCAGCUCGCAGUGUCCCUGCUGAUGAAAAACGAAGAAUUGUGGCCAUUCUGGUUGUGGUGCUGCUGAUUUACACACUGCUGUUCCUGCCCAACAUCAUUUUCUGGUUGGCAAAAAAAUCCAGAAAUGACGAAACUUUCUUAAUCACAUGUUUCACGUUUGUUAAGGUCAGUCCUCUCGCAGACUUGAUUCUGUAUAUUUUCAUCAGGAAAGGGACCACAGACAAGCUUUUGGCCUUACUGUGUUGUUGUAAAAUGUUAACCAAUCAGCAGACGAGCAACAGGAGUAAUGACAUGUCAGCUUCAUGUAGUCAGACUAUAUAG